AUCACUGAUCACAGAGCCAAAGAUGUCGGCUCGGUCAUGUGACCAGCUGUGUCCAAUCACAGCUGAUCACAUGGGACGUGUACACUGAACAUCAGGGCACUGAUGAUCAGUGUGCCCUGAUGAUCAGUGUAGCCCCAGCAGUGCCAGUGCCCAUCAGUGCACAUCAAUGCCACAUAUCAGUGCCUACCAGUGCACAUCAAUGCCACAUAUCAGUGCCAAUCUGAGCUGCCUUUCAGUGUCGCCCAUCAGUGCCAGUCAGUGCCGCCUAUCAGUGCUUUCAGUGCCCAUCAGUGAUGCCUGUCAAUGCCCAUCAGUGCCACCUAUC